CCGACCUCGGCAGCGCCCCUCGCCUCGGCUGCCAGCGCCACCCGCCCUCCCGGAGCAGGGAGCGGAGUGCGGGGCGCAGAGACACCGGAGCCAGUGCCCGCCGGCCCCGCCAAGCAAACCCGGCCGGGAGAACCUUCGCUCGGCCCAGCGUGCCUCCGCAGCCGUCCGGGAGCUGUCCCUUCAGCACCGCCGCGGAAGCCUGAGUCCCAGCGCAGCCCAGCGGAACCCCUGACCCAGCCCGAGCGCACCAGGCGCUGCGCUCAGCGGCCGCCCUGCGGGGCAGCACCCUGGUGCCCCUACCCAGGAGACCCGCCAUCUCCUCCGGGAGGCGGGGAGAAGGAACGAGGAGGGAGGUCAGGCAGCUUCACCCGCCACCGAGGGGAGUAGGCAGAUAGGCAAGGAGAGCCGAAGGGGACCGGUCACGCAGGGAGGAGAGCAAGCCGCAUCCGUCCCCACCGCACCGGGAGCGCGCUGCGGCGACCACCGCAGAGCCAAGCGCGGAUUUCUCGUAACCCCUUCUUCCCCAGCUGGGGCUGGUCUAUCGGUCCGGCCCCCGAAACGGAGCAGCUGACCUUCCUCUAAAAAGCUUUGUGUCGGUUUCUCCAUUUUCCCGCUGAGAUGAUACCGGGAGCCCGGCCCCCCCAUCCUCUCUCCCCUCCUCCCGGGCCUCGCCGCUGAGCGCCGCCCCACUCCCUUCCUCCCUCCCUCUUUACCUCCCUCCUCUCUUCCACUGCCUCCUCCGCAGCCAGGCCAGCUCCCUCUCACACUAGGCGCCUUAAAGACCCUAGGGAGCCCGCGCACACACCCCUGGACCCGCACCUGACUGACAGCUCCCUCUGAAGGGGCUUGGCUCGUUGGUUGGGGUGGGUGGCCAGAGCCGCGGUCCUCUGUGCCCCCCGACGGCUGGGGGGAGGGGGGAAGAGGCCCUGCGCCCCCCUCCCCGUCGCCAACUCCCCCUGGCGGCAGCUCCCAUGGGUGUCGCUGGGCCGCGCCAUGCCUAAGGGGGCGCCGCGAUGGGCCAAGGGGACGAGAGCGAGCGCAUCGUGAUCAACGUGGGCGGCACGCGCCACCAGACGUACCGCUCGACGCUGCGCACGCUGCCGGGCACGCGGCUUGCCUGGCUGGCAGAGCCGGACGCCCACAGCCACUUCGACUAUGACCCGCGCGCCGACGAGUUCUUCUUCGACCGCCACCCGGGCGUCUUCGCUCACAUCCUGAACUAUUACCGCACCGGCAAGCUGCACUGUCCGGCCGACGUGUGCGGGCCGCUCUACGAGGAGGAGCUGGCCUUCUGGGGCAUCGACGAGACGGACGUGGAGCCCUGCUGCUGGAUGACGUAUCGCCAGCACCGCGACGCUGAGGAGGCACUGGACAGCUUUGGUGGCGCGCCCUUGGACAACAGCGCGGACGACGCGGACGCCGACGGCCCCGGCGACUCGGGCGACGGCGAGGACGAGUUGGAGAUGACCAAGAGAUUGGCGCUCAGUGACUCCCCAGAUGGCCGGCCUGGCGGCUUCUGGCGCCGCUGGCAGCCGCGCAUCUGGGCGCUGUUCGAGGACCCCUACUCAUCCCGCUACGCGCGGUAUGUGGCCUUUGCCUCCCUCUUCUUCAUCCUGGUCUCCAUCACAACCUUCUGUCUGGAGACCCACGAGCGCUUCAACCCCAUCGUGAACAAGACAGAGAUCGAGAAUGUUCGGAACGGCACGCAAGUGCGCUACUACCGGGAAGCGGAGACGGAGGCCUUCCUCACCUACAUCGAGGGCGUCUGCGUGGUCUGGUUCACCUUCGAGUUCCUCAUGCGUGUUGUCUUCUGUCCCAACAAGGUGGAGUUCAUCAAGAACUCCCUCAACAUCAUAGACUUUGUGGCCAUACUCCCCUUCUACCUGGAGGUGGGCCUGAGCGGCCUGUCCUCCAAAGCUGCCAAGGACGUGCUGGGCUUCCUGCGUGUCGUCCGCUUCGUGCGCAUCCUGCGCAUCUUCAAGCUGACCCGCCAUUUUGUGGGCCUGCGAGUCCUGGGCCACACGCUCCGUGCCAGCACCAACGAGUUCCUGCUGCUUAUCAUCUUCCUGGCCCUGGGAGUGCUCAUUUUUGCCACCAUGAUCUACUACGCUGAGAGGAUAGGAGCACAGCCCAAUGACCCCAGCGCCAGCGAACACACACACUUUAAAAAUAUUCCCAUCGGCUUCUGGUGGGCUGUGGUCACCAUGACGACACUGGGCUACGGAGACAUGUAUCCUCAGACGUGGUCUGGGAUGCUGGUGGGAGCGCUGUGUGCGCUGGCUGGUGUGCUGACCAUCGCCAUGCCGGUGCCCGUCAUCGUGAACAAUUUUGGGAUGUACUACUCUUUAGCCAUGGCUAAGCAGAAACUACCAAAGAAAAAAAAGAAGCAUAUUCCGCGGCCACCACAGCUGGGAUCUCCCAAUUAUUGUAAAUCUGUCGUAAACUCUCCACACCACAGUACUCAGAGUGACACAUGCCCGCUGGCCCAGGAAGAAAUUUUAGAAAUUAACAGAGCAGGUAGGAAACCUCUUAGAGGCAUGUCGAUCUGACCUUUCACCUCUGCCCCCUGUAGCAAUGAUUCCAGAUCCAGUCAGACUGCUUCCUUAGUUCCACGGGCGACCCAGGACCCUGUGCCCAAUCUUGAGGUGUGGAGCCUGGGGCCCCAGGGAGAUGCUGGGUGGCCAUAUUUGGAAGGCAAGAGCUUGCUAGAGGAACCUCACUGGUGGCCCUGGGUAAGGAGGUUGAUGUGGUUGGUCUCAUGAGUUCUGAAGAGACCCCCCAAGGAAGUUUGCUGAGGACUCUCUUAGCAGAAGCCUAGAGGCUGCUGCUCUGUUGGAAGGAGUCAAGCAGGAGUCUCUGACAGG